AUGGUAAAAAAGCAAAAAAGUGGUAAAAAGGGUCAGAAAAUUGAAGGGCGUAAAGAAAAACGUCUAAAUGAGGAGGAAGAAUUAAAACAUCUACGAGCACGAAUAGAAGCCUAUGACCCAAAAGUUGAUGAAGCAAAUUUGCAACAAUUCAGUGAUCUACCAAUAACAAAAAACACACUACGAGGACUAAAAGAUUCAGCAUUUGUAUCACUCACAGACAUUCAAAGAAAAACCAUACCAAUAGCAUUACAAGGAUAUGAUCUUAUGGGAACUGCAAGAACUGGAUCAGGUAAAACAUUAGCAUUUUUAAUUCCAGUAGUAGAAACUUUACUAAAAAAUGACAUCACGGAAUUCGAUGGAUUAGCAGCUUUGAUAGUGUCUCCUACUAGAGAGCUAGCUGUACAAAUUUUUGAAGUUUUGACUAAAAUUGGAAAAUACAAUUCAUUUUCUGCAGGUUUGGUCACUGGAGGUAAGGAUGUACAAUAUGAAAAAGAAAGAAUCUCAAGGAUGAACAUUUUAGUGGGAACGCCUGGUCGUAUAUCACAACAUUUGAAUGAAUCAGUUGGAAUGGAAACUUCAAAUUUGCAAAUAUUAGUCUUGGAUGAAGCAGAUAGAUGUCUUGAUAUGGGUUUCAGAAAACAAAUCGACAAUAUUGUAAAGCAUUUACCACCAACUAGACAAACUUUAUUAUUUUCUGCUACAACAACCGAUAGCGUGCAAGAUUUAGCCAGAUUGUCAUUAACUAAUCCCAAACGAAUUGGAACAUCUUCAGACAAUGAUGUUUCCGCAAUUCCUGAAUCUUUGGAUCAAUAUUAUGUUAAAAUUCCAUUAAAUGAAAAAUUGGACGUAUUGUGGUCAUUCAUCAAAUCUCAUUUGAAAAGCAAGAUAUUAGUGUUUUUUUCAUCAUCGAAACAAGUCCAAUAUGCAUAUGAAACAUUCCGUACACUUCAACCAGGUAUCUCGCUACUAAAACUUUACGGUCGUCAUAAACAAACUUCAAGAUUGGAAACUACUAUGAAAUUUUCACAAGCGCAGCAUGUCUGUUUAUUUGCAACAGAUAUAGUUGCCAGAGGUUUAGAUUUUCCAGCAAUCGAUUGGGUUAUACAAAUGGAUUGUCCUGAAGACGUAGCAACAUAUGUACACAGAGUAGGGAGAUCUGCUAGAUUCGGUCGUCAAGGUAAAUCCUUGUUGAUGCUAUUACCUUCAGAAGUGGAAUUUUUGAAAAGAUUGGAACAGUAUAAAAUUGCUCCAAAAUUGAUGAAUAUAAAAGAAAAAAGUAAGAAAUCAAUAAGGCCACAACUACAAUCACUAUGUUUUAAAGAUCCAAUAAUCAAAAAUUUAGGUCAGAGAGCUUUCAUUGCAUACUUUAAGUCCAUAUAUAUACAAAAAGACAAAGAUGUUUUCAAGGUGGAUGAAUUACCAGUAGAAGCUUAUGCUGCUUCAUUGGGAUUACCUGGAGCUCCAAAGAUUAAAAUUAAAGGUGGGGAAUCAAGCAAAGAGAAGAAAAAUGAAUCAAGAAAAUUGCGAGAAUUGACAAAAGCAGAUAUAGAUGGUGAAGUGAAAGAAGAAAAAGGUAAAGUUAGAACUAAAUAUGAUAGAAUGUUUGACAGAAAAAAUCAAACCAUCUUGUCAGAUCAUUAUUUGAAUAUGACCAAUAGUAAGGCUAAUAACAAGGGUGAUGAUGAUGAGGAAGAAGAUUUCAUGUCAAUUAAACGUCAAGAUCAUGAUUUACGAGAUGAUAAUCUACCAGACCUACUGUUGCCAGUUUCUAAAAGACAAGCGAAAAAGGCACUUUCUAAAAAGGCCACUUUAACUUCGAAGGGAAACCCAACCAAACUUAAAUUCGAUGAUGACGGUGUUGCUCAUCCGUUGUAUGAAUUAGAAGAUGAAGAAGAUUUUAAUAAAGCAGGUGAUGCUAAGGCUCAACAACAACAGUUUGUUGAAAAAGAGAGAGAAUUGAUGAAAGUUACUGAUUUAGCAGAUAAAGAAGUUGAAAGACAAAAAAGACAGGAAAAGAAACGGAAAAGAAAAGAAGUCGAGAAGAGAAUUAGGGAAGAGGAUGAAAGAGGAGACGAAGAAGGGUAUUAUGAUGAUGAUGAUAAUGAAGUACCUGAUUUAGAACGAGAUAUGGAAGUAAUACCUAAAGCUAGCAACAAAUCAACUUGGUUCAAAGACGAUGAACCAGACCAUAAAAAACCUAAGACUAAUAAUUAUGUUGAGAUUGAGGAACCGGAAACUUUAGAAGAUUUAGAAUCUUUAGCAGCAAAAUUAAUAGGUAGUUAA